GAAAACAGCUAUUUGAAACAUGCCAUCUUGGGAAGUACAAAAUAAUACAGAGCCAGUGAGCUAGAGGAGGAAAACAUUUCCUACCAGUCUUUAGUCUCAGAGUGCUGAACCCUGCAGCCCGCAGGCCUCCUGAAUAAAAGUCCAUGGGUGACAGAAGAUUCAUUGACUUCCAAUUCCAAGAUUUAAAUUCAAACCUCAGACCCAGGUUGGGCAAUGCUACUGCCAAUAAUACUUGCAUUGUUGAUGAUUCCUUCAAGUAUAAUCUGAAUGGUGCUGUCUACAGUGUUGUAUUCAUCCUGGGUUUGAUAACCAACAGUGCCUCUCUGUUCGUCUUCUGCUUCCGCAUGAAAAUGAGAAGUGAGACAGCUAUUUUCAUCACCAAUCUGGCCCUCUCUGAUUUGCUCUUUGUCUGCACUCUACCUUUCAAAAUAUUUUACAAUUUCAACCGCCACUGGCCUUUUGGUGAUACCCUCUGCAAGAUCUCUGGGACUGCAUUCCUAACCAACAUCUAUGGGAGCAUGCUCUUCCUUACCUGUAUUAGCGUGGAUCGUUUCCUGGCCAUUGUCUAUCCCUUCCGAUCCCGUACCAUUAGGACCAGGAGGAAUUCUGCCAUUGUGUGUGCUGGAGUCUGGAUCCUAGUCCUCAGUGGUGGUAUUUCAGCCUCUUUAUUCUCCACCACUAAUGUCAACAAUGCAACCACCACCUGCUUUGAGGGCUUCUCCAAACGUGUAUGGAAGACAUAUCUGUCCAAGAUAACCAUAUUUAUUGAAGUUGUUGGUUUUAUCAUUCCUUUGAUACUGAAUGUCUCUUGCUCUUCUGUGGUGCUAAAAACCCUCCGUAAGCCUGCUACAUUGUCUCAAAUUGGGACUAAUAAGAAAAAAGUGCUGAAGAUGAUCACAGUGCAUAUGGCAGUCUUUGUGGUAUGCUUUGUACCCUAUAACUCUGUUCUCUUCCUGUAUGCCCUGGUGCGCUCCCAAGCCAUUACCAAUUGCUUGUUGGAAAGAUUUGCAAAGAUUAUGUAUCCAAUCACCUUGUGCCUUGCAACUCUAAACUGUUGCUUUGACCCUUUCAUCUAUUACUUCACCCUUGAGUCCUUUCAGAAGUCCUUCUAUAUCAAUACCCAUAUCAGGAUGGAGUCUCUGUUUAAGACUGAAACACCUCUGACCACAAAGCCUUCCCUUCCAGCUAUUCAAGAGGAAGUUAGUGAUCAAACAACACAUAAUGGUGGUGAAUUAAUGCUAGAAUCCACCUUCUAGGUACAAGAAGUCUCUUUAGGUCCAGAUAUGGUUUCUUCUAUGAUUUUUCUAUGCUAUGAAUAAAAAAUUUGAAGCUAAUGAUAUUAAGAAUAGAUCAAUGUACUGAAUAUAAUCAGCUACAUUUAUUUGAAUGUUUAUUGUAAUACAUAUAUUGUUUUGUUCAAUAAUUAUAGGUCACAUCUAAUUACAACAGCCAAAAGGAAUUGCCAAACUGUUCUUCUGGGCUGGAAAUUCAGUGUACCACAUUAUAUAAGUCGACAGUAGCCUUGACUUCAGUGAUACAGAGGUUACUUAAAAACUUUGAAAAAAUAUAUUUCCAUUCCAAUAUUUAGUAAUUAGUUUGGGCCUAUAAAUAUAGAACAAAUUCAGGUAUUUGUUUUUAAACAACCUUUUGUGUUACUACUGAUAUAUACUAGUCUUCUUUUCGCUUUUUGAAAUGUCGUUGAGUUUAUUUUAGUACAAGAACAUACUUUAACAUUAUUAAUAAAAAAGUAUCAAAUUUAAAAAAGUAAAAUGUAUUGCAUAUAUUUUAAAAGCAGAAACAUAACUUGUGUUUGUAUGAAUAUUGCUGGGAAGAAACGGAAAAUUAACUGGAUUUACAUAUUUGCAGUUACCAGCAGUGUCAGCUUUUAAAACCUUUUCCUUUUUUAUACUAUAUUAAAUUUCUUAUAUGAAAUGUCAAAUCCAGAAAGCUGCUAAGUAUGUGCCCAAAACAGGGCAAAAUGGAAAGUCACAUAAAACAACAAAUGUUCAUAAAAAACUAAGAGAAAUUAAUAUUUUCUCUAAGAAUUUUCAAUUUUUUUCUUUUGGGAGACUAAUUUUUAUAAAUAUUCUGUAUGUGAAAUUUUGAAGCACAGUGCAACCAUAAAGUGGCUCCAUUUGUGCCCAGGUCAGAAGCAAAUUGAAACAAAAAGACAAAAGUAUAACAAAAAUACAAUAAUAGAACAAAAAACUUUCUUAAAACUUGCAUCAAUCAUUUUUUGAGGGAGGGAGCAGAGAUCUGUAACUUUAAAUUACUUAUGCUUUCGUAUUAAUUUUGGAGCACAAUGUAGCAAGAGAGCUGCUGAAUUUGUGCCCAGGUUGGGAGCAUAUUGAAAAAAAAUACAUAAACCAAACUAAACCAAUGCAAACAAACAAACACACACAAAAAGAAAAACUAAAACAA